CAUAAGUGACGCAUUUCUGAAAACACUUUCAAGUACAAAUUUUCCAAAAAGACCAAAACAUUACCAACCAUGGUGUCGUUUGAAGAACCUGUUUUAGCACUGGAACAUGAUAUGUCGCCUGUAAAAAAAGAACGAUUAAAAAGAUUACAAAAAGAAAUGUUACGAAAAAAAUUCAGAGAAAGUUUGCCGGUGUUGAAUAAACAGCAAAUACGCAAACAUCGUCUCCCAUAUCACGAAUCUCUUCUCGCAGAUCUAGAAGACAACGGUUUCGUAAACUCUGCAGAAUUUAUUAAGCAAUUAAUAGAGCUUCAAGAACGAACCAGAAAGAAAUCUGGUCCUGGAACUGUCGUCUGGUUGAGACCACAAUUAAAAUAUUCUAAAUCAACUCUUGACGUGCUAGUUAAAUGUCUAACCACUGCAGAAACAGCCCAUAACGAAGACAAAGUGGGUUUGGAAUGGGAUGAAAUGUUGCACUUGGCUGCUCAGUACGCUUUUGGUUCGGAGGAUUGGUGGUGGUUGGGAGAGCAGCUCUUGUAUCAGUGUGUUUCGAUUGAAUACCCUGACGAAUUCAACAAACAAGAAGCUAUUGCUUAUUUCAUCAUAGGCAAGUACUUGGUAGAAAAGGGUAAGAAAAUGGAACCCGGUAGGUAUUACCUCGACCUUGCAAGAGUCAUGUCGAAAGGAAAAUCAUGGACAUGUUCUAAAAUUUUGGGCAAGCGGCAAGAUAUAGUGUUUAUUGAAUCUUGUAGAUUAUUGUAUAGUGUCUUGAUAGAAGAGGCCGUGUUGAUUAUGAAAACAGAUCCAAAAAAAGCUCUUGAAAUUUGCAACGUUGCUCGAAAACGAGCAGCCGAAGCGUGUGAUCAUAACAACGAAUAUGAAGCUUCGCUGUUGAGAGGGAGAUGCGAAUUGCUUUUAAAUCGUUCACUAGAUGCCAUCGCCACUGUGUUGAAAACGCUACAUCGUACAGUUCGUCGUGGUUUUGUAAAAGGAAUAUGUGAAGCUAAAAUUGCUUUGGCGCUAGCGUACCUCCAACACGGAAAAACAGUAGAAUGUUUGGUAUGUUUAAAGGAUUUGAAAAAAUUAGCAAAAGAACAUAAUCUCGUGUUUUAUGUGGCGCAAGCGUACAGAUUUAUGGGAGAAUAUUUUCUGAAUCAGAAGGAACCAUCUGAAGCUACGCCAUUACUAAUGCACGGAUUUUUUUUGUUUCAUGACAUCGAAGAUAUGAGGAGAGGAGAAAAAGUGAGAACGUGGGCAGCAAUUUCAGCAGGUGAAGAACUAUUUCCUGCUUUCAUUGAAUUAAUACAAAAGGCAGACAACACUGAAGACGGCCGUGCGUAUCUGAUGAAGUUAAUUGAAUGGAUUGAUGAAAGAAAAUUUUUCUGGCUUCACGACACCCAGUUCUCAUUUUCUUUUACUGCAUCAGGACAAAGUGUCUUCGAGUACACACUAGAAGAUGUCGCUCGCUUGACUAAUAAAAAAUAAAUUAUA